GCAGCUCUCUGUCCGCAGCCCGUCCACUGAAACAGCAUAUUCAUGGAAAUCCACACCAUAAAAACACAGCUUCAAAAGUGUUAAUACCAAAAGCUUCUGCUCACCUAAGCUUAUCUCAGCCCCACCAGCGGAGCUGGAGCACAGAUUACAGGCACAGUAUUAGCAUGGCUUGGAGCUGUAACACAAAGAUGCAACUGGGUGGACUGUUUCUCUCGCUCUUCGGGUGGGUCUCGUCCUGCGUUACGACUUUUGUGCCACUCUGGAAGAAUCUCAACUUGGACUUAAAUGAACUGGAGAUCUGGAACAUGGGGCUCUGGCAAGUCUGCAUAAUCCAGGAGGAAGGAGCCAUGGAGUGUAAAGCCCACGAGUCCUUCCUCGCUCUGCCCCUGGACCUGCGGGUGUCCCGAAUCCUGAUGUGCCUUUCCAAUGGACUGGGGCUUCUUGGAUUCCUUCUCUCUAGUCUGGGGUUGGACUGCUGGAAAACGUGUGAAGAAAAACCUGAACUAAAGAAACGGCUAGUGCUUUCUGGAGGAGCAGCUUUUGGCAUGGCAGGGAUUAUGACCCUCAUUCCGGUUUCCUGGGUUGCCUAUAACACAGUGCUUGAAUUCUGGGAUGAAACUAUUCCUGACAUUGUCCCGAGAUGGGAAUUCGGGGAGGCAACAUUCCUGGGGUGGUUUGCUGGCUUUUUCCUUGCAGCAGGUGGGUUGCUCCUUAUCUAUACCACCUGCUUAAAAAGGACUGAAACACCAUCUAUGCCUGCAGCAGUUUGCCGUCAACGUGCAGCGAUGCAAGGUCCAGCUGGGAUGUCACCUUGGAGUCACCACUCACACCCCAAAAAUGCAGAUCUGGUAAUCUAAGACUUUCAGCACAGUGUCCUGCGCAGUUCCUGGCUGUUCAGAUUUCAGAGACAGUUCUCAUAUUUUACAGGAUGAUUGGCUAAUUCCUAAGACAGGGUUGCAGAUUUUUUUUCUUCCUGUGUGUCUGUCUGUUUCUUUUCUUUUUUUUUUUUUUUUUAAUUAAAAGAGCAACAGCUUUCUCUGCAGCACUUGCAGACUGAGCCUAGCGUUCUAAGCCAACAAGGCAAACAUAGAGCAGUAAAGAGCACUUCGUAUUUUGUGGUUACAUUUGCAAUAUAGUCAAUUCUUGAUUACACUAUGUUAGCAUUUCCCUGGAAAUUUCCAAUAGCCAAGAAUGUAAUCAUUGUAACAUCUAUGUCCAAACUAAAAAGUUCAUUCCUUGAAUGUCCAUUUCUCUUUAAUGU